UGGGGUUCGAGGAUGUGAUCGCGGAGCCCGAGCUAACCCACUCCUUCGACAAAGUCUGGAUCUGCAGCCACGCUCUCUUCGAGCUCAGCAAGUACGUGAUGUACAAGCUGCUGACGCUGGUCCUCGCCAUACCGCUGGCCCUGGUUUUGGGCAUCGUCUUCGCCGUGCUCAGCUGCCUGCACAUCUGGAUUGUGGUGCCUUUCGUGAAAACCUGUCUCAUGGUCUUGCCUUCAGUGCAAACUAUAUGGAAGAGCCUGACAGAUGUUUUCGUCGUGCCGUUCUUUCAGAGCCUAGGCCGAUGCUUUGCCAUGGUUAAUAUACGCCUGGACCAAGAGUAAACGUCAGGGAUGCGACACUGCUGUAAUUGUAGCUGGUGUUAUACCUCUUUGCUAACCUAACAUACAAGCACUUACCAUUCAUUCCAAACUGUUAAAUUACAAUGGCUGGUUUAAGUGGGAACAUGCUAUUUUUUUUUCUAAAACUCAUUUCUUUUCAGGGAGAUCAGUUUAAGAAUAAGUAGGCAGUUAUCAUAGCUCACUAUUUUAACACCAGAGCAAACGCGGAGUAUGUUGGCAACACCUUAUUUUAACGGUACAUCCAUUGGUAGAUUCCAGGAGAAUUCUCGUGGAGGUUUAACAGCCACCACAGCGAUAACGAUUGGCGUUAUUGCUAUAGAUAUUUAAAUAGGCUGUGAUACCUAAGAUGAAACAGAUGUCUAGGGUUUCCCAUUGACUUUACUGCAGUUCCACCAGGGAUCAUUUUUGGCCCUCACUAUGCAGAAUGAUAACUCAGUCCUUUAUUAUCAGCAAUUAAAGUGAACAUGACUCAUUGCAUAAGCAUACAGGGGAAAGAGACUCUUGCGUAAUUCUCCUGUGCUGGGGAGGAAAAGCUCCCUGGAAGUUUGUCCCUUAAAAUAAGGUGUUGGCUAAUGAUUUGGAACAUCAGCUAAUCUGUAUAUUUUAUUUAAUGAGAGGUUAACUUUGCUGUAUAUUUUGUACCUUUGUAAAUGGCACUUGAUUGGGUUUCUUUGAAGCAUUAUUUCUAUAGUAUUUGAAUUCUAACCAAUUUACUUGGCAGCAAGAGUGAGACACUGCAAAAAUGACGUUAGAUAACUAAAAUUUCAGUUUCUAAAUUAUGUCAAUUUUUAAGUGUUGCUGUGCAAUUCUGGUAUAUUCAUUAUAUAUGGUUGCGUG